CUGCUGGCAGAUCAGAUCUGUCUCUCUUUCAAACCGUCAGACUUUUCUCUUUAGCUGCUUCUUUAUUUCUUUAAUUCUAUUCAUUUUUUCAUCCAAUCACGAUGAAGCUUGUUGAUUUCAGCCACUAGCCCGGCAGUAGCGGUUGCCAACAUCUCCUUUCCACUGCGUUCAGGUGGUUCAGAGAGGACGGUGAGGACGACGAGGCCAGGCCAGCAGAGCAGGACUGGGACAUUUCCCUUUUUUUGUCCACUAACGAAUAAUCACUGGCCGUAAUCAAUAAGUGGCUGAUCAGGGAAGAGGAUGGCCGGCUGGAGGAGAGCAGGGAUCCUGUGGCUGGUGAUGCUCUGUCUGGGCGAAGAAAAGGUGGAUCGCCUCAAAUGUCCAGUCGAGUUCAUGAUGACGGUGUCUGGUGUCGGGCGUGUGAACAUCUCCUGUCCGCCCAUCGUGGCCGGCACAGAGAUGAAGUUCUUCCUCCUCCUCAACUUCAGCUACAUCUACGAAGCGGACCCCGCAAAGGACAGUGAGUCGGACUCUGCAGGCAUUCUCUUCCUCAAGGAGAGCAGCCCGGCUCUGUUCCUCGUCCAGACCAACAGCAGUGGGCUGUACAGCUGCAAGAGGGAGACCAGGUACCCCCCCCCUCACCGAGACGACUGCAUCACCACGGCCGUGUGGAUGGCAGAAAAGCAGGAUGUGCCAGUGGUCAAUCAGAGUGUCCUCCCAGCCAAUCAGAGUUCUCCAGCGGAGUCGUCUGUCCUGGAGCUGGCGCUGUGGGCGGGAUGCAGCGUCCUGUUGGCCUACAGCCUGUCAAUCACCUGCAUCUGCCUCUGGACAUGGAGGAAGUGGAAGAUGAGCGAGGAGGAUGACAUUGAGUACGUCAACACCAAACCUGGAGAGUUCAAGAGGCCCUGCAGAGUCUAACCACGCCUGUCAAACUUACCGCUCUCCAGCAACACGAGCAGCAGUUUGACUUCAGUCCCGACAUUUACUGCUUUUUUUUUCCAUGUUAAAGAAUUCUUUUCAUUGUUUAUGCCAUUAUCACAAGUAACAAACUAACUCUUUCCUGAGCUUAU